AUGUUAAUUGGCUCGUUUCGUUCAGGCACGUCGUAUGACAUAUUGGAACUCGGAAGGAUUAACGUUCUUAGAGCAUUAAAUAGAAACAUUAAAAAAAUGAUCUACAUGAUGUUUCACAUAUUGUUAGUAUCAGCACUAGUAAAUAUAAUCGUAACUAAUCAGUCCAUGAUCGAGAAUCAAUCUGUUUCUAAAAUCUUAUCAAGAAGGAAGAGAUUUUUAAUUUUUCCUGAAGGCAGCUCAUUUCAAUUGGUUAUCUGUACUCAAAACCACGGCUAUCUUCAUAUUGGUGAUAUUGUAUGGUUCGGUACUACAGCUGCUUUAGCCUGGGAGCUACCAACCGAUCCUGGAGUAUUUGAUAUGUUUAGAGAUAAACAUAAGCUUUACGAAGCGAAUCGCAAGAAUGACGUUAUUUACUACUUAAAUGACGAAGGAAAAGUGAUUGAUGUGAAAGAACACAAAAGAAAAAUUAUUAUUAAUCCAGCUUUUGCUAAAAGAAGCACUGAUAGCAUGAGAGGAAAAAAUAAAAUUGAUUCAAAUUAUGUCAAGAAAUUGCACCUUAAUCAAAAAAACAAAAACUAUUGGUAUGAAUUUGAUGCGACAGAAAUAGCUUUUCACAGAAACGGAAGGCAGGAACUUUAUGCAAAGCUGGAAAAGUUCUUACAAGCGCUUGGAUGGAACUAUCGAGACUGUGUAUUACAUCUGCUUUGCCAAACAGGAAAGCUAGAAGCAGCCCAAGGCACAUUUCUGGAUGAAAUAUUUCGAGCUGUAUUUACAUUACCGAAAGUCCACGUCGAGUCCAAAGUUCAUAACCAAUACGACGACGCCCACGGGGCCAAUGGAGACUGUGCGCACUUGUAUCCGAAUUGUGAACAUUCUCCUAUAAUGUAA